UCAGAAAGUUCAGCAUCCGUCCAUGUUCAGAUAGCAAACCUUCCUUCGAAAAACUGAUAAAAUUUAGUGUGAAACAGCCAUGAUCAAACUAUUUUCACUUAAACAACAGAAAAAGGAAGGCGAGGGUGCUAAAAGUGGGAUAAAACGAGCUUCAGCUGCCCAGUUACGGAUUCAAAAAGAUAUUAAUGAGCUCAGUUUACCAAAGACCUGUCAGACAGACUUUCCAGACCCUGAUGAUUUAUUAAACUUCAAGUUAAUAAUCUCACCAGAUGAGGGUUUCUACAAAUUAGGAAAAUUUGUAUUUAGUUUUAAGGUUGGACCAGGUUACCCCCAUGAUGCACCAAAAGUAAAAUGUGAAACGAAGGUUUAUCAUCCUAACAUUGAUCUGGAAGGGAACAUUUGUUUAAAUAUUUUAAGAGAGGAUUGGAAGCCAGUUUUGACCAUUAACUCCAUAAUAUAUGGUUUACAGUACUUGUUUUUGGAACCAAAUCCUGAUGAUCCUUUAAACAAAGAAGCUGCAGAAGUACUAAGAUCUAAUCGACGACUCUUUGAACAGAAUGUCCAGAAAGCAAUGCGAGGAGGCUAUAUUGGUGGUGUUUAUUUUGAACGUUGCCUUGUAAAAUAGUAUAAACAUUUAAUAUUGAAAAUAAUAUUUAAUGUCUUGCAACUGAAGUACUGUAUUUGGUUGCAAGAGGCACCUAUUUCUAGGAGAGGAGUAGUAUAUAUGAACCUCCAUGUUUUCCUGCUGAUCAGCCCAACACUGAUGUUGCAGAACUGCUAAAUGAAAUCGGUAAGAGAAAGCAGGAUAACUCAAGGAGAGCAUUGCAGACACUUUCCAUUUGCUUAUUUGCUUUCCAUUUUUGAAAAGAUUAUUGAAAGCAAUCAAUAAUAUUCUCCCUGCCUGUAGACUGAUUGGUAAAAUGGUAGACAUGGCCAUAACAUUGUUUUGUACUGCCUCAUGCACCAAUACAACAGAUUUUCUGUGGUUGACUAGCAGCUCAAUUCUGAAUGGUUCUGCCAUUUUUUGAAGCAGUCUACUAGAUUGGAAAGGCCUGUUUCUUCAUCUGCAUAUACAUCGCUUUACAUAGGGGAAGAUUCAGGAUUUGUUGUUAUAAGUGAAUUUAGGUUUUGAACUAAUCCAAUUGCUGAAGCAAUUGUACAGCACCUGAUAUGACAUUUUUGGGACUUCUUAUCAAGUUAAUUGAAAAAAAUGAUGGGUUUAUAAAGGUAUCAUUUAAUCUAGGACCAAAGAGGAUCACUCUGAAAUUUAAACAACAUGUCUAAAUAUGAAAAAUAUUGUAAUUAUAAUUAUAUUUCCUGCAGAAGAAGCCUUGUUAAUUAAGUGCAUAUGAUAUUAGCUUUAAUUAUUUGCUUUCCCAUGCUCCCUUUUGGUCCUUGUUUCAAUGAUGUAACUACCCUCCAAUGCAGGCAACUGCUUUUAGUCAGCUAUUGCUUUGGUUUGGUUUGAUUCCUGAGUUAAAGACAGAAAAGACUGGGAACUAAUUGAGACAAUGAUUUUUCAAUAUUAGGAUACAAUACAUUCACAAUCAGCUAUCAGUAUGAGGAUUAACAUUGAGACUCUUGGCAAGGUUUAAUCCUAGUGUCCAUAUGAUCAUCCAAAUUGCCUCACACUGGUUUAGUAAUGUUCUAGUUUCCUCAAGGGUUUAAAAACAAUGGAAAAACAUGUUUUUGGGCAAUUUGGAAGAUUGUGGGCAUCAGCAUAGUUAUUAGAGGGAGAUAUCUCCCUCUACUAACUAUGACAUUAGGCAUUUUUUAAUAAAUCUUGUAGAGUUAGUCUGUUACUUCCUGGUGGUUGCAUGACAAUGUGGUUGAAACAAAGCUAGUCAAUGUUGACUUUCUAAAGACCAAACUUGUAGGAAUAUAUUGUUGACACUACAAUUGUCACGUGAAUUCCUGCACAGACCAUUGACCCUUAGAGUAGUUUGAAAAGAACCAUGAACACCUAAAAUAUGUCUGGAAUGUUAAAAGUAUUUUGUGACUUCGACCUUCCUAAAAAUACGGAAAGAAUCGAAACAUUGUUUGAGCAAGAUGGCAAUUUAAAGAAGGUCUGGUCUUCUUAUGGUCACAGGUGAAGUUUGUUGGCCUGCUUUUAUUUGAUUGUUUACAUCUCUCUACAAACAUUUCAUACAUAUGCUCAUGGUUCUUUUAAAACAACUGUAAAGGAUUGUUUCAUUCCCAAGAAAUAGCUGUGCUGAUAGAGUGCAAAUGAUGUACCUGUGAAAUAGUGUUAAUCUAUUGCUGUCUAAAUAAUGACAUUCACUAGGAAACAAUUCACUAUUCGUCACUAUUAAUAUCACAGGAAUAUGAAAUUUACACUCUAUGAAAUAUAAUUGUUUAUUAUAAAAAAGAAGAAUGGCUUUGCUGAUCUAACAUUGCAAAGUUUUCAUAUACAUUCAGGACCCUUGCACACCUCUCAGGGGGAUGGUCAGGGGGUAUACACCAUUGUUUAAUGUUGGAUAACAAACUAUUUAUUUUCUAUAUUACUCUUUCUAAAUGUAAGAAUAAAUUAAAGCAAGGAUUGCAAUUUUAUCUUGGUGUAUGGUGUGUACCUCUUCAACGUACCCCAGAGUAUCCCUGUGAGAUCCAUAUGAUUGGCCCUUGAUAUGCAGAGGAGAGACUGGGUAGCAGUUUUUUGAAAGAUGUUGAUAUUUGGAGGUUCAACUAUAAUUAUAAACUAUGUUUGGGUUUUCUGCUUUCUUGAAAGGGAGUAGUUUUUAGUCUCUUCGCAUCAUACUGCAGAAAUCCCAAGCUUAAAAUCUGUGAUUAUUGACAUAUUUUUAUUAUAAAAUGUUCUGUAAAUAGGCAGCAAUAAAUUUUCACCAUAGGGAACAAGAAAGAUAUUAGUCACAUUGAA